UCAAACUUAGAGGAAAUAUUGAGGAAAUAUGUAUAUAUAAACCUCUUGCCCAGGCCACUUGCUUCUUCUCCUCCUCUGACGGCAAAGAGAAAAUUCCCACCUCCUUCAUUCAGAGAAUCAAGAAACCUGAGACUCUGGUCUGGUUUAAAAAUGUUCUCACAUCCCCGUGGCAUCUUCAAGCUUCUGAGAAGUUUCUCCUCGACGAAUCAAGGGAUGUGCUCAGAAAUAGGUAGUCCUCCUCGUGUGUCAUUUUCAUAUGAUCCGGGGCCAAGAGAUAGCACAACAGGGGAAUCCAUCAAGGCUGGAUCAGGUUCCUUCUGCCUUUCGGACAGGAACUCCGAUUUCGAGUUCAGCAUCUGUCAAAGCUUUGACUAUGAAUCUUCUUCGGCUGACGAGCUUUUCGCGAAUGGAAUGAUUCUUCCUGUCCAGAUUCAACAGAGAAACAACACUGCUACUCCAAAUGGGACUUCAAAACGUGAAGGUGAAGCACUUCCUUCUUCUUUACUUCCUCCAAUCCCAUGUCCUCCAAGUGAUGAGACCAAAAAGAAAGCAAGCAUAAAGGAGAUCGCAGUGUCAAGCUUGGACUCAGAGGAAAAGUCCAUCUCCAAGUCUUUUUGGGGGUUCAGGAGGAGUUCAAGUCUCAACUCAGAAGGCGUGCAAAAAAAGAGCUUGACCUGUUCAUUCCCACUUUUGUUGAGAAGCAAUUCGACCGGCUCGGCUCCAAAUCCCAAAAAAGCACCACAGAAGCAACCAUCUAUUCCAUUGCCAAAAUCACCGUCGUUGUCGUCUUCUUCUUCAUCAUCGACAUCAUGCUUUUCUUCAAGUAAUGUGAAUUCAAGGCCUCAAAAGCCUCCAUUGAAGAAGAAUCACAGCCACGGAACAUACUAUGGGCACAGAUUUAGAAUUAGUCCAGUAUUGAACGUUCCAACUCCUUCCAUUUCGAAAGGGACCGCUAAUUUCCUAGGUUUGGGUUCGUUUCUGCGGAGUGGAAAGGAUAAGAAGAUUAGGAGAUGAUUUUGGUGACUGCAUUUUACUAGUCUUCCUUAUCUAACAUAUGUGUACUCAUGUUUGGCUUAUAUAAUCCCCAGUUGAUUGUGAUCAGAACAAACCAGAAACAAGAAAGAACAGGAAUAACAAGAAGGAUCAUAGAUAAGCUAAGGAAGAGAUAGAGAGAGAUCAAAAGAGAGACAACAUAGAAUCUUGGAAUGUUGAUAUCUAAGGAAUUGUCAACCCCUUGUUUCAGGGCUGUCUGCUGUCCUGUUUGCUUUCUGAUUUCUCUUCAUUCCAUGGCUCUUUCAAAUUUUUUCCUUCCUUUUUGGGUGUUUGCGUAUAUUUUAAAAGGUGCUUUUGGACUUUGGUUUGUCAUUGGAGGUAUUUUUGUUUAUUUAUUCACUAUGGAUCUUUCUCUGUGAGAAUGCCUUUUGGUUUAGGUCACCUUCUCCCUGUGUCAUAGGUUGGUUUGACAAUGUAACAAAUCCAGAAGAAUGGUUUUGCUUU